AUUUAUUACUCGUCUCUCUUUUUCUCUCUUCUCUUUAACAAAGUGAGACACAAUGGAACACGAGCGCAAGAACAAUCUGAAUGGGAUGGAGAUGGAAAAGGGAAAGAAGGAAAGUGGUUCGAGAAAAGGGCUUGAAUUAACGAUGAGAGUGUUGGCUUUGGUUCUAACACUAGCGGCUGCAACAGUACUUGGUGUCGCAAAACAGACAAAGGUUGUGUCUAUAACGCUUAUUCCAACCUUGCCUCCUCUUGAUGUGUCCACAACAGCCAAAGCCUCUUACUUGUCUGCCUUUGUGUUCAACCUGUCGGCAAACGCUAUAGCUUGCGGUUACACAGCGAUCUCAAUAGCCAUUCUGAUAGUCAACAAAGGAAGAAGAAGCAAAGGCUUGACAAUGGCGAUGUUGAUAGCUGAUCUAGUGAUGAUGGCUUUGCUAUUUUCCGGCACCGGAGCCGCCGGAGCAAUAGGAUUGAUGGGUGUACAAGGUAACAAGCAUGUGAUGUGGAAGAAAGUGUGUAACGUUUUUGGAAAAUUCUGUCACCAAACUGCUGCUUCAGUUGCAAUCACUCUUUUUGCUGCAAUCGUAUUUAUGGUUCUUGUUGUUCUCGAUGUUAUGAAGCUUACUUAAUGC